AGUAUUACUGCCUGUAAAAAAGAAAGGGUCUUUACAGUGGUCUGUUACUGAUUCUUUGAAGCAUUUUCUGGGGAAAAAAAAAAGAAAUUUGAGGAUUAAGCUACACAGCCUCAUUGCUUGUUAAUGUAAGAAAAGGACAAAUCUUGCGAGUAUCCGAGUCUCCAAUUUGAGGUCCUUUGUGAAGCUUUGGGGUUCUAUGAAUUUCACUUGAUGUUGCUUUGGUGAUCGGUUUUCGAUUAACUCAGAUUCAAAUCAUGGGAGAAGGUAUUGGAAAUGGAGUUUCGAUCGAUGUUCGAUCGGCCGAGGAAUCGUUGUCAUACGCUCGAGAGCUUGUUCCUAUGGCACUUGUUAAGGCAAGGGAGGUGAAGGGGUUUCUUAGUAGGUGGAAGAUGAUAGUUUCGAAAUUGGAGCAGAUUCCGUCGUGUUUAUCGGACUUGUCGAGCCAUCCGUUCUUUUCAAAGAACGGUCUUUGUAAGGAACAACUUCAGGCCGUGUCGAUGACGGUAAAGGAAGCUAUUGAAUUGGCAGAUUUAUGUUUGAAGGAGAAGUAUGCAGGUAAGCUUAAGAUGCAGAGUGAUCUUGAUGCGUUAUUGGGGAAAUUGGAUCUUAAUUUACGGGAUGUCAGACUUCUUAUCAAGACCGGUGUACUCGGUGAAGCUACAUUGCCGGAAUUGGAGACUGCAGGACGUUGUCGUAUAAAGGAAUUGUUUGCACGGCUUCAAAUCGGGCACUUAGAAGCAAAGCAUAAAGCUGUUGAUACCCUUGUUGAGGUAAUGAAAGAGGAUGAAAAGAGUGUAUUAUCAGUUAUCGGACGGAGUAACGUAGCUGCUUUAGUUCAGUUGUUAACUGCGACUUCACCUCGUAUACGAGAAAAGACGGUGACUGUAAUCUGUUCGAUUGCGGAAUCCGGGAGUUGCGAGAGUUGGCUUGUUUCUGAAGGUUUUUUGCCACCUCUCAUACGGCUUGUUGAAUCCGGUAGCACAGUUGGUAAAGAGAAAGCAACAAUUUCAUUGCAAAGAUUAUCAAUGAAUGAAGAAACGGCCCGAGCAAUCGUUGGACAUGGUGGGGUUCGACCAUUGAUCGAAAUCUGCCAGAUUGGAGACUCUGUUUUACAGACUGCAGCUGCUAGUACUUUAAAAAACAUAUCAGCUGUUCCCGAGGUUCGACAAAUACUAGCCGAGGAAGGUAUAAUAAAGGUCAUGAUCAAUCUCCUCGAUUGUGGGAUCUUGUUGGGUUCGAAAGAACAUGCUGCCGAGUGUUUACAGAAUCUUACAGCGAGCAAUGAGAAUCUGAGACGGUCCGUUAUUUCGGAGAACGGAAUUCGAAGUCUAUUGGUAUACCUCGACGGUCCUUUGCCACAAGAACCCGCAGUUGCAGCCUUGAGGAAUUUGGUUAGCUUGGUUACAACGGAUGUCCUGAUGUCACACGAUUUCCUCCCUCGGUUAGUUCACGUGCUUAAAUCUGGAUCAUUAGGCGCACAACAAGCUGCUGCAUCGACCAUUUGCCGAGUUUGCACUUCGAGUGAAAUGAAAAAACUGGUCGGCGAAUCCGGCUGCAUCACUCUUCUUGUUAGAAUGCUCGAGGCUAAAUCAAACAGCGCUCGAGAGGUAGCCGCUCAAGCUCUUUCGAGCUUGGUAACCGUCUCUCACAAUUGCAGAGAAUACAAAAAGGACGAUAAAACUGUGCCGAAUCUGGUACAGUUGCUGGAUCCAAGCCCUCAAAACACCGCAAAGAAGUACGCUGUUUCAUGCCUAUCGUCCCUUUCAUCAAGUAAGAAAUGCAAGAAGCUUAUGAUCUCGUACGGAUCAAUCGGGUAUCUCAAGAAGCUUUCGGAGAUGGAAACCCCUGGUGCUAAGAAGCUACUCGAGAGAUUAGAAAGAGGAAAACUUAGAAGCUUGUUCGUCCGAAAGUAAUCGGAAGAAGGAAAAAAGGUCUCUCCUUUUUUGUAUAAGGAGAUUUUCCAUUUGUUUCUCUUUUUGUUCACCUUCUUUUCUUGCAUGUAACAUAUAAGUUUCAUUGUCUAUAUGAAACAAAACUAGUUCAUAAUGAUAUAUAUAUAUAUAACCACUCAAGCCUCCUACGGUAAUUGAUGUGGGUUCCGAUUCUGUAA